UUCACUCUGUUCUUUGAAGCCAUGGUGAAUAUUCCAAAAUCAAGAAACACCUUUUGCAAAGGUCGUAAAUGCCGAAAGCAUACUCUGCAUAAAGUGACUCAGUAUAAGAAGGGAAAAGCUAAUGGUUUAGCUUUAGGUGAUAGAAGAUAUCACAUAAAACAAGAAGGUUAUGGAGGACAAACUAGACCAAUCUUCCAUAAAAAGGCAAAAACGACUAAAAAGAUUGUCUUGAAAAUGGAGUGUACAGUUUGUCAUAGAAAGAAACAAUUGGCAAUUAAAAGAUGCAAACAUUUCGAACUUGGAGGAGAAAAGAAGUCAAAGGGUCAAAUGCUUCAGUUUUAA